GGUCACUAGGGGAAACGGGCGCAUAAUAAACCAUCGCAUUCACGUUUGGAUAGUGAGGACUUUCACUGGGAAGUUCUUUCAAGCAGAGAAUACUGUCGUGCAGCACACAAAGAAGUGCGCAAAGGGGACAUGGACUGUGUUCCAGCUUCUCUUGAUGAUUUAGGCCCAGAGGGGAAAAAGGACCCUGCUGGGGAAGAUCCGGAGCAUAAUGUUUACACGCGCUUCAUGAAGUCUCACCGUUGUUACGACCUGGUGCCCACCAGCUCCAAGCUAGUCGUCUUUGACACGUCACUUCAAGUGAAGAAGGCGUUUUUUGCACUAGUCUCCAAUGGGGUGAGGGCAGCUCCCCUCUGGGACAGCAAGAAGCAGUGUUUUGUGGGGAUGCUCACCAUUACUGACUUCAUCAACAUCCUUCACCGUUACUACAAAUCACCCCUGGUGCAGAUAUACGAGUUAGAAGAGCAUAAAAUCGAGACGUGGAGAGAAGUGUAUCUUCAGGACUCCUUCAAGCCUCUAGUCAGCAUAUCACCCAAUGCAAGCCUAUAUGAUGCCGUAGCGUCUCUGGUCAAGCACAAGAUCCACAGGUUGCCUGUGAUAGACCCUCUGACGGGAAACACGCUCUACAUCCUCACCCACAAGAGGAUCCUCAAGUUCCUCAAACUUUUUAUUUCGGAGAUGCCCAAGCCUGCCUUCAUGAGCCGUAAGCUGGAGGAGCUGAGUAUAGGCACGUUUGACAACAUCGCCGUGGUGCGCUCCGACACGCCGCUCUACACCGCGCUGGGCAUCUUCGUAGAGCAGAGGGUGUCUGCCCUGCCCGUGCUGGACGACAAGGGACGUGUUGUGGAUAUUUACUCAAAGUUUGACGUCAUAAACCUGGCAGCUGAGAAGACCUAUAACAACCUUGACGUGACGGUCACCAAGGCUCUGCAGCAUCGCUCGCAGUACUUUGAGGGCGUCCUGACCUGCAACAAACGCGAGACCCUGGAGACCAUCAUCAACAGACUGGUGGAGGCAGAGGUGCACAGGCUGGUGGUGGUCGAUGAUCAGGAGGUGGUGAUUGGCAUCGUGUCCUUGUCUGACAUCCUGGCGGCUCUGGUCCUCACCGAGGGGGAAGAGGGGACAGCUCGAUAAUCUGGUGUGGGAGAGAAGAGGGAGCUUCAAGUUCCUCGUUGUUUCUCCAUCGGUCUGGGGAGGAUGGCAUCAGCAUUGGCCCCAACACAAGACCCUGAAGAGAGACUAUGAAGGAGAGAUGGUUCGUCUGGAAGAGAGAGGACUUGUUCGAAAGACAAUAUUCCUCUAGGGUUCAUCCCUACCUGUGAAGAUGGCAAUCUCUUUCUCGCUCUCUCUUCUUUCUUUCUCUCCCUUCCCUCUUCCAUUCUCUCUCUGUAUCUCUCUCUCACAUACACAUUAUCUGUCCUUUCUCCUCUUUCAUUGUCAGUACAUAUGAAGGAUGUCUGUUAACUGUUAAACAGAACUCGGCAAUACACACAUAGGCACUAUAAGGGAUGGACAGCGCAAGCAUUGAAAUCACACCAAAAUUUCAGCCAAGCAACCAAACAAAAGCAGCACACAGUUCACCAAAAUGGAAAGGCUACAGCAGGGGUGGGGAACCUAUGUCUCGAGAGCCGCUUAUCCGGCCCCCGAUAUAUUUUUAAUGUUACGCAGCUUCACAUGAAAUAUGACAUGUUUUUUAAAGGAGUCUUAGAAAGUACAUUCUAUUUCAGGGGACCUAGAGAAGGUGGGGUCUGUUGUAAAGGUGGCCACCUUCAAUAUAGGCCUAAAGUGCAGGGGGAAAUCUUGGUUGGUGUUCAUUGUACGGCCCUUGGAGGACUUUAUACAAUUUGAAGUGGCCCCUGGAAUGAAAGGUUCCCCACCCCUGGCUUACAGGGAAGCUGCCUGGUCACUGCGCCACAUUCUGAUGCUUUCCUCUGUCAGUUGUCUCAGGUGUAUAUUAUGAACAUGCAUUUGUUUUUUUUUAUGUUUAUUUCUUUUUUUGCCAUGAAAGGGAAGCAAGUCAAAUACAUUUGUUUCUUGAUAGUGGUAGGGUAGGCCUGGGAAUUAAGGCCCUAAAUGAGAUUUUUUUUUUGUUAAACCGAAAAACAUUUCUGUCCUCAAAACGAAGCACACUUAUGGACAGAACUGGGUCUCUGCUUUGCGCCCCUUACAAAACUUGGCUGAAAACAGAUGGGUGUGAUAAGUCAGACCUGCGUCUGAAAAAUUCCCCCGGACCAAAAAAAGAGUUGUCCUCUGCGAUUCUUGUCGUUGUUAGCAGCAACACAAGACAUUCUACACCAGCAGUGCUCCAGUAGGUAGCCACGGUGGUCUUGGUGAAACAUUCCAUAAGCACAUUGUUUUUGUUUUUUUCGUUUUUUUUUGAGAGAGAAGGGGUUCUUUCCAAAAUCCUAACCUCCAUCCUCCCUUGUGCUUGUGGCCUCGUGAUGUCAUUGAUGGCGGAAGUUUUAUUCAAUGUCUUGCAAAAGCACAAUUCAAAGGUCAUUUUCUCAUUUGCAAUCAGCAUGUUGAGAGGGGAACAGUCCCCCAGAAGUUGUUGUGGUGCUAGGCUGACAGCAGGGAAACUUUAUGGGGCACCUAAGUUAUGCCCUUCUACAUGCAGACCAUGGGGCCUUAACUUGCAAAAAGUUUGAAUCCAAGUCGAGCUAAAUCUUAAUUCCAUUUGACACAUGCUCUGGAUUUCACAUAUGAUGGCAGCGAAUUUGAAAGAUUUGGAUUGGCGUCGUAAGACCACUCACUUUCAUCAGGAAACAAACGUUAUUUUAGUUUUUGUACGAGACUAGGUAAGAGUCCACAACGUGCACGUAUUUGAAGUGAAUCCAGGCUGAAGGCGCACAGCUAGCCCUAGUGCUGCACUGUGGCCAAAGUAGCUGCACUCAACUUCUCUUGUGUAGUCCAAAUUAUUACAUAUUUUGCAUGCACACAACUCGCACAUCGUUUGCCAAGUGAAGCCGACAACCACACCAUAGGUUAUUAUUUCAGAGGUACAUCAUAUGCCUGAUGUAAGGGGAAAGGCGAGGUGGGUCUGUAAAAAGGUUUGAUCAGUCCAUUAGUCUAAUUUAGAGCCCAGUCCAUUUUUUUACUUCCCAGGCCCCAUGAUUCGACCGGAAGGGGUGGAGACGCAGGUUUUUCAUUGUUUUCUACAUGGUCAGUGAAGCGCGAGGCCAUAAGCAGGUCGAGGAUGGGAGUUGGCGUAAUGGAAAGGACCCAAUUGCCCCCGUUGCCUUCAGAACACUAUCACUAUUGCUAUCAUGUCACACAAAGUAGCCAAAGUGUCCACUUAAAUCUCCUCUCAAUCACCAACAGGUUCUGGUUCGUAAGAGCAGGGCUUUUAGAAAUGCAAGUGCAGACUGCAGACCUCUACAUAAAAUCCUUUUUUAUACAUAUAAGUGACACAUUUGCCCCUUGUAAUGUGAAGUUUGCUGUGUGGAUGCGUAAUAAAUAUUGCUGUUAGGGCUUGCAGUCGUUUUACACAAACACACGUGGACACUGAAUAUUUAUGAUAAAUAAUCUUGGCUUUCCUAAUGUUAUUCCAAUACGAGUUCCACUCACUUAGCUCUGCUCUGUCACAGGCAGUGCGGUGGACUGAAGUUACUGCAUUCAAUAUGGUCAGUUUAAGGAGCACUCUUAUCCUUCACCCUCUAUGAACAGGUGUACUGAUGCUAAUACUUGUAUGACUUGAAAAGGCAGUGUUUGUCUUUUUGGUAACGCCCUCUUUGAAUGGGUGUACAUAAAGGUGUCAUGUGAGCGGCAUAAGAAUGACAUUCAUGUCAACAACGUUAAUGACACAUGGAUGUUUAUGACUUGUCAUAAUGUGCCAUUCAGCUUUUGGAAGAACAGAUUGUCAUUGUUUGGUAGUCAAGGCAUUCCAGAAACCGCAUGACACAUGACAACCACUCGAAACCUCAAUAAUGUGUUAUUAAUAUUCCUGGGUCCAUGGGUCAUGACUCAUGUCAUUCUUAUUACGGUUUCAUGACGUCCUUGUGAGUAGACCCCUUCAAAGAAAGUGUUACUGUCUUUUUAUAUAUAAAAAUAUUAAUUUUACUACUUUGUGUUUAUUAAGAAAUGGGCUCUUAUAGUGUCUCUGCUGGUAGACAUAGAGGAGUGGCUUUUGCCAAGCAGUUGCUGCGUAGGCUCCUGAGAAACACACAGGAAAGUGAGUAGGCAUUAACUGCCUCACUGGCCUUAUCUGUACGGUGCAGAAGUAUAGUUCUGAUUCUUGUUGUUUUGCCUGUUUUCCCCCAGUCAUGGCCAAGGUUAGCUAAAAGAGUGCAUCUUCCUUUUGAGAAGACAUCUGGCAACUCUUGUGUCACUCUUCUUCAUCUUCAUUCCUCAUCUGCUCUGACCAGGGGCCUGUACUAAGAAGCUGCUUCAGGAGUGAACCAGGCAAAGAGGUAAAUCAUCUAAAAGGGGAGCCUGGAGUCCUCAUGUUCUGAAGAAAAUGAGGACUUCAGGCUCUGCUUUUAAAUGAUUUACUUCUUGACAUAACCGGGUUUACUCCUGAACCAGCUUCUUAGUAUAGGCAGCUGGUGAUAGGAUCUGGUUCCUGUUGCCAGGUUUGUGAUGUGAUGCAGAUUCAGUUUUUUAGGGACCUUGU